GGACGGGUCACGGCGGCAGGGCACUACAGUGGCCGCGCUGGUUUCCAGGUCUCCAGGGCCAGAAAUUGUGUAGCCUUAGGGCCCAGAGCGUCCGUGGCCGUCGUUGUCAUACAGUAAGUGGGGAUGUCGUCGCGCUUCCGCUUGCAGUAUAUUCAUUGCCAGCCUCGGGGAGAGCCCUGUUGGGCUCGCCUUGCCUUGGGGUUGUCGGUUGCAACCGGUAAGGCGGUGGCCGAGUAAGCCGCAAGGAGACAGGGGGAGAGGGUCCGAGUUCAGUGUGGGCGCCCGGCGUGCUCGCGCGCCGGUGUUCUCCUACUUGUCUCGCGCUAGGCGGAUGCCCCAUGCCCCGCCCGCGCUAGCCGGCUACCCCUUACCCCACCCGCACUACCUAGGUAGCUAGCCAGCCGGGCCGCCCUGCCGCUAGCCUGCCUCCCGGUUGCCGCAAUCCUGCUGGCCACCGCUAGCCUGCUGGCUACCGCCAGCCUGCCGGCCACCACUAGGUAGCCUGCUGGCUACCGCGAGCCUACUGGCUACCGCGAGCCUGCCGGCUACCGCGAGCCCGCCCUGCCGCUAGCCUGCCUGCCAGCCGGCUGCCGCUGGCCUUUCAUUCUUAAAAAUGCCAUUGAAGAUCGUGGCCCGUAAGGAUUUCCGCUCAAGAAAGUCGCCGCAACUCUUCGCCAUGAGCCAGCCUGCUAUCGGCCCGAUUUGUGAUGAUUCAACAUUGUUGCCGAAGCACUCAUAAAAAUGCAGCAUACCGUCGGCGCAAAACGAAUCCCCAUGGCCCUAUCAAUUCCCCGCCCGCCCAUUUUUUAAGAGCUUCUGUAAGGGAAAACCUCUUCCGCUGCCCAUGUAGCAACGUCCCGGCUCCGCGGCCGAUGCAGCAAGGGUUUAAGGGUUCGCUUAGGAUUCCGAACUUGAUUUUAAAUAAGAGGCUCAUAGCUAAAACGGGCGGCGUUUCUUCAGGAGUUCACGCUGCCGAGCGGUUGCGACACUGGUCGCCAACUACUUACAAUCAGGGACAUAGAUAGUACGGCAAACAGUUGCUCGCUCGCCUGAAGAAGCGAGCACGCAAUUGAUUUUAAGAGGCUCUCUAAGGGGAAGCCUUAGCGGAAGUUUCUAUAGGUGUUCCGUUUGUGAGAACAAGUAAAGGGAACUAUCACGAUUGAUAUUUGUUCAGGUGAAGGCUAUGAGCUAAAGCGUCGCGUCAGUCGGGACCCUUCCCCUGUCGUUUGCCGACGUUAAUCUUAGAGCGGUGAUAUUCAUGUUGAUGGGAUUUUAAUACGGAUCUCAUAUAUCAUCGACCUAUCUCCCGUAUCAAAAUUAAAAGUACUUACAAGUAAGAUCGCAUACGC